AUGGAGAGUACAGAGGUGAAGCACGGAGAGUACAGAGGUGAAGCAUGGAGAGUACAGAGUAAUUAUAAUAAUAACAAUAACAAUAAUGAUGAUGAUGAUGAUGAUGAUGAUGAUGAUGAUGAUGAUGAUGAUGAUGAUGAUGAUGAUGAUGAUGAUGAUGAUGAUGAUGAUGAUGAUGAUGAUGAUGAUGAUGAUGAUGAUGAUGAUGAUGAUGAUGAUGAUGAUGAUGAUGAUGAUGAUGAUGAUGAUGAUGAUGAUAAUAAUAAUCAUCAUCAUAGCGUAAGAAAUAAAUAUAAUAACAAUAAUAACAACAACAGCAAUAACAAUAAUAGCAUUAGGAUUAAUAACGAUUUUAAUAAUAUUACUAAAACUAUUUUUUGUGGAUUUUAA